AUGGAAAUCAUUGCAAAAGAGGUGGUAAGAGAAUGCGGAAGACUGCCACUUGCACUUGAUACUAUUGCAAAAGCACUGAAACAGAAGCAAAUAAAUUAUUGGGAGGAUGCUUUAAGUAAAUUGAAAAAGUCCAUUGCAGUGGAUAUUAAAGGGGUGACUCACAAAGUUCAUGCUUCACUUAGAUUGAGUUACGAUUAUUUGGAUGGAGAUGAAGCCAAAAUACUAUUUCUUCUUUGCAGUGUAUUUCCAGAUGAUUAUAUGAUUAUUAACAAAGAUUUGCAAAGAAUGAUGUUAUUGGAGAGUAUAGUUCCCAAGCACGCUCCAACAAAUCCUUUCAAUAAGCUAAUAGUCAUACAGAUAAAAAGUUGCAAGCAGUUGAGGAAUCUUUUCUCGUUCUCUAUUUUUAAAGGCCUUUCAAAUCUUCAAAUGAUUAAGGUGACUAAUUGUGAUAUGAUGGAUGAGAUUGUAUCUGUAGAAACUGAAGAUCAGAACACCAUUAGCAUUUCUCCCUUGAUAUCAUUACACCUUGUGGGUCUAAAUAAAGUUACAAGUUUCUGCACCAAACCAUUCAUCCAACAACAUUCACGAACUAUCAUUCCGUUUUUUGAUCAACAAGUUUCUUUUCCUGAAAUGAAGAAUUUAUCUAUUCAUGGAGGAAACAAUUUGGAGAUGUUAUGGCAUAAUGAUGGACCUAGUGCAAGUUCCUUCUGCAAACUUCGGUUUAUAAAAAGGGUGUUUGAAGUUCAAAAGUCGAGUUUUGGUGACAUAAAAGUAGUUCAAUUAAGAAACGUAACUUUAGAUGACCUACCAAAUUUAAAAUACAUCUGGAACAAAGAUGUUGGUGAUGUUCUGACAUUUCCAAAUCUAAAGAAAGUCCUGGUUACUGGUUGUCCAAAGUUGAAAAGAAUUUUUCCAGCUUCCAUCACCAAAUGUGUUGAAGAAAUGGAAUGUUUAGUGGUGGUACUGUUUCGGAACUUGAGUAGUUUGACAGCUUGCAAUGAAGGAGAGCUUUUGGGUGAUGUCAAAGUUUCUCACACUCAAAAGUCUUACAUUGGUUGGUUGGUAUACGUAUUUGGAAAUGAGACAGAACAUGACAAUAUCCAAAGACGAUGUGGACAUUUGAAGAAGUUAAAAUUGAAGAACCUUUCUAAUCUUACGCAGGUGUGGAAGAACAUGAAUCAAACGACCACAAUCACAUUCUUCAACUUGACUGAUCUUGAUGUCAGUAAUUGCAAUGGAAUGACGAAUUUGUUUAGCUCUUCAAUGGUAAAGAAUUUGGUGAAUCUUGAGAAUAUUAAGAUAUAUGGUUGUAGAGGAAUCACCUCUAUAGUUGCUGUAGAAGAAGAAGAAAAUGGUGAAAUUAUCCUCAACAAACUGACUAGUCUAGAAUUAAAUGAUUUACCUAGACUUAACAUGUUUUCACUCUGGAAAAGGCACACUUAA